AACACUUACUAUAGCUGCCAUGUUUCACUUCCUGUGCUUGCGAACAAAAUAGAAUCGCCAAGAAAACCCUGCGAGUGAGUGUUUUAACAUCACACUCGAAAAUAACAUCAAAGUGGUAGUUGAAAGAGUGCCACAACUCGAACCGCACUUUUACCAACACCAGCCGAUUAAUUGAAAAUAGCAACCAAAAACUCAACUCAAGAAAAAACAAAGUUGCGGCAACCAGCAGACGAAAGUUUUGCCGCACUCCGUGUACAAAACAGCAGGAGAGGGUACUUUAUUUAUUCUUGCUUUUAUUUUUGGAAGCUUGAGAGUGUAGGUGUGUGUGUACGUUUGAGAUAGAAGAACAACGAACGUAGCUAGAAAGAUGGCAGACUCGGAAAAACAGCAGCAGCUACCCAUUGAGCAACAGCAGCCGCUGGCCCAGGAAGAACAACAGGAUGAGGGGCAGCAAGCGCAGGGCAAGCCCGCGCCGCCUCCAAAGGAAAUUAUUGCCACUAAAGUUACCGGCACCGUGAAGUGGUUCAACGUGAAGAGCGGUUAUGGCUUCAUCAAUCGCAACGACACCAAAGAGGACGUCUUUGUGCACCAGAGUGCUAUUGCGCGCAACAAUCCGAAGAAGGCUGUGCGCUCGGUCGGCGACGGUGAACUUGUUGAAUUCGAUGUGGUGAUUGGUGAGAAGGGCAAUGAGGCGGCCAAUGUAACUGGGCCAUCUGGAGAGCCGGUGCGCGGCAGUCAGUUUGCUGCUGACAAACGUCGCAACUUCCGACCAUGGAUGAAGAAGAAUCGCCGCAAGCAACCUGGCGAGGGCGACAACGAAGGUGAUGAAAUGGCUCCGGCACAACAGCAGCAGCAACAGCAACUGGAUGGUCAGCAGCAACAGCAAAUGCAGUCAGGUCCACGCCAGCCACGUCAGAACUAUCGUCGUGGUCCCGGUGGCGGCCCUGGUGGUCCACCCGGUGGCCCACGCGGUGCUCCUCGUAGUGGCGGACCACCUGGUGGACUCGGACAACGCCGCUACAAUAACUACUAUCCGCGUCAGACACGUCGCGUGUUAGGCGGCGGCGAUGGCAGUGCUGAACCUGGCGUUCAUGAUUCCAAUUCAGAUGGUAUGCAGCGAGGUGGCGAUGGACAGCCACGACGUGGUGGCGGCGUUGGUGGACCUCAGCGACGCUUCUUCCGACGCAACGGACCACCGCCGCGUCGUGAUGGUGGCGAGUAUAUUCAAGGUGGCCAAGGACCGCCACGUCAGCCGUUCCGUCCGCGCCGUCAAAAUCGUAAGCCAAAUGGACCUGGCGGUGGCAUGGAGCAACAGUCACAGCAGAAUGGCGCUCAAGAACUGCAAAAUACAACAACAGAAAGCACCGCUUAGACAAAGCAAAACAAUAAAAGAAAAA